AUGAGCGGCAACUCACUAAUUUCACAGAUCCUGACGGAGGCAGAAAUCACUGAACUGGGUCUGCAUGGAAGCGUGACGAAGCACUGCUCCUCUCCAUACAUCAUUAACAAAAAGCACUUUAUUAAAAUUUGUGUGUACUACCUGCUCAGUACGUUUCUUUUUUUCUUUGUUUACGUUACCAUUACCGUCCUUGUCCUCACUAGCUCAAAGACGGAGCUCAACAACACCAUCAUCCUGGUCAUUUAUGUUUAUAUUUUCCUCUUUUUUUAUAUCGACCUCAUUGUAAGUAACACCAUAAAGUAUGAUUUGGUGAAGCGGUACAAUAUAAAGGAGGUUCGCCAGAGGAUUUAUGGCCGCUUCCUGGGUCCUUCCUCCCCCGGGGGGGGACGUGCGCCGGUCAGCAAAGAAGUGGGGCACGGUGAUGCAUUGAGAAAGGAGCAUGGACAGAGUGACCCCUCGAAAAAGGAGCACGGAAACAGCGAGUCCCCCCAGGGGGCGACGAGAAAAAAAGCCAAGGGGUCCCCACGACCAGACAGGACAAGCAGAGCGAAGGGAAAAAAAAAAAAAAAAAUGUUCACCAGUGAGAAGUACUACCUUGUGGAGGAGCAGGAGGACGACGAGCAUGAGCAGCGCCAUGAGCAGCGUCAUGAGCAGCAUGAUCAACAGGAGGCAAACCAGGUUGAGGAGGGACGGAGACGAACAGCAAGCGAAAGGGUACCACCGCCACCCGCGGACGAGGAAAAAUUUUACCACCUCGAUCAACUCAAAAAUGUUAAUGAGACCAUCAACGCAGAACUCAUGAAGUACAUUCAAUACGAAAAUAACAAUUACACUGUGGACAGCUACAGAUACGAUCUGUUCCUUAUUAUUUCCGGCUUCAUUAAUCAGUUAAAUAUUUUUUUCGACCUCCUCUUCCUCUUCUACGUAUAUGAUUAUAGUAAAAAAUUAUUUUCUGUUUGCCUCUUUAUAUAUGCGUAUUAUCUGAUUCACUUUGGCAUCCUCAUAAGAUUUUCCAUUGUGAUGUUACGAGCCCUGUUCAGCAUACACAGGAAAAGUUUAUCGCGUUCGUAUAGGAGGGCCACAUAUUGGUGGAGGUGGCUCGUGACCUUUUUCUGCACACGCUUGCUCAAGUCGCUCAAAAGACUUGUGAGGGCGAUGAUAACCAUGAGGGCAAGCAACCAAUUGGUGAACCCGCGGCAGCCGAAGAUUUUCUUUAAUAAGUACGUCAACUAUAACAGCUGGAGCUUCGCCUACCACCAGGGCGUCUCCUUCAAGAGGAGCAAAGGCAUGCUGAAAUUUUUACGUGACUCCGAUUCGGAAGACACCAAAGAGGUCAUGCUACUCGCAGGGACUCCUCCCCCCAACCAUGUAAACAUACACAUAGGACACAUAGGCAGGGGAAGGGACAAGACGAGCAAAAGGAAAUACAAAGAUAGGCUUCCUCACACGAACCCACAAAUGCAAUACGCACAUGCGGUAGAGGUAGCGGCAGGAGGAGUGGCAGCAGCAGCAGUAGCGGCAGUAGCAGUGCCAGAAGACAGGGAAGGGAAAAGAAAAAACUACUUCGAAAAAGCCCUACGUCCAUCACACGUUCAAACGAUCGCCGACAUGUCCUCCUUCCUCUCCCAUUACCACAUUUUAAAUAUAAUUAAAAGUAAAUUCCUCUCCGCGCACAGCAUAUACGAGCACGUUAGAUUCACCCUGGUGUUCUUCGUCUGGAAACUGCUUUACAUGGACGUGGUCCUGUGCCUGCUAAAAAUUUUCAUCCUUUUCUACACAAGCGAUUUGUUAACGAAUGCGUUGUUCAUCGUCACCGCCCUCGUGAACAUUGCCAACUCGUACGUAAUCCAUUUGGUGGACAAUAAUUUAAUGAGCGACAUCGGCUCGACGUAG